AAGCGAGCAUCUCGAUUAUUGUGUUUUUAACAGUGACAGUGUAAAGUAAGAAUUGUGAAAGAGAGAAAAAAAUGGCUCGUACAAAGCAGACCGCUCGCAAAUCAACUGGAGGCAAGGCUCCUCGCAAGCAGUUGGCCACUAAGGCAGCACGUAAAAGUGCACCAGCUACUGGCGGUGUCAAGAAACCUCAUCGCUAUCGCCCUGGCACUGUUGCUCUGCGUGAAAUUCGUCGCUACCAGAAGAGCACUGAAUUGCUUAUUCGCAAGUUGCCGUUCCAGCGUCUAGUGCGUGAAAUCGCUCAAGACUUCAAGACUGACCUUCGUUUCCAGAGCUCAGCUGUGAUGGCACUCCAGGAAGCUAGCGAAGCCUAUUUGGUUGGCCUAUUCGAAGAUACAAACUUGUGUGCCAUCCAUGCUAAGCGUGUCACAAUCAUGCCCAAGGACAUUCAACUGGCCAGACGUAUUCGCGGCGAGCGCAGAGAAAAAAUGGCUCGUACAAAGCAGACCGCUCGCAAAUCAACUGGAGGCAAGGCUCCUCGCAAGCAGUUGGCCACUAAGGCAGCACGUAAAAGUGCACCAGCUACUGGCGGUGUCAAACCUCAUCGCUAUCGCCCUGGCACUGUUGCUCUGCGUGAAAUUCGUCGCUACCAGAAGAGCACUGAAUUGCUUAUUCGCAAUUUCCCGUUCCAGCGUCUAGUGCGUGAAAUCGCUCAAGACUUCAAGACUGACCUUCGUUUCCAGAGCUCAGCUGUGAUGGCACUCCAGGAAGCUAGCGAAGCCUAUUUGGGCCUAUUCGAAGAUACAAACUUGUGUGCCAUCCAUGCUAAGCGUGUCACAAUCAUGCCCAAGGACAUUCAACUGGCCAGACGUAUUCGCGGCGAGCGCGCUUAAAUUUCUUCUCUCUGCCUUGUACAUAUACAAAUCGCAC